CGGUGCCGCUACAGGAUUGCUCAAUGGUUGUGUCACCAGGAGGCUGGACUGGUCGGGCGGAGUGUUUGAGCUCUGAGCUCAACAUCACCGCAGCUCACUCACUCUCUGCCUCUCUCUGAGUGUGAGGCGGUCUCUCUUUCCAUCCCUGUCUCUCCUUCUCUCCCCCUCUCUCUCUCUCUCUCUCUCUCUUUCUCUCUCUCUGUCUGGACUCUGAGGGAUCGGGAUUUUCUCACCAGAAGUGCACAGACCUCAGAGCCACCGUCGGGCAUUCGCUCUCCUAAAAGGACGUGGGUCGGAUUAUCCCUUGAAUCCGCGGAAGUUUCAUUUAUAGCUCAACGAGAAUGAAUCUCACACGGGGAAAUGGAGCGCAGCGUUUGUAGUUUAUUUUAAAGACACGUACCAAAACCAGUCAGGGUCUCGUUUUUGCUUUGAUGGUGAGUCGGUCUAUCAGGAUGAACUUGCAGUGGAGCAGCCCGGCACCCUGCAUCCGCACCGGCAGAGUCGCGCACAAGCGGCUGGACUCAGACGAUCAGCCGCCGACCAAAUGCGCCAGGCUGAGCGCCGAGGCGGGGGACACGCAGGGACUCCUCGGCACCUCUCCUGGUUCCCCGGUCAGCCCCGUCUCAAACGGUAUCCCGGCGACCCACCAGGGGCCAUCCAGGAUAGGACCAUUUCUGCUUCUACCUCAAAUGGACCGGGAGAGCGUGCACAGCGCGAUGAACAGCGACACCGGCGACGAGCAGCUGUGCAAGGUCUUUGAUAUGGGAGUGUACCAGGAAAAGAUCAGAGCCUACGGGAUCCUACCAGCCCACAAGAAUGUAGCCGGAGUCAGGGACAUCAUCCUUGGCGAACGUAAAGCCUACGUGUUCCUGGACAAGGACUUUGGGGACAUGCACACCCUGGUGAAGAGCUGUCGCAGGCUGGACGAGGAGCACGCCUGCAGGCUCUUCCGUCAGGCGGCUCAGGCUGUGGCACACUGCCACCAGGCGGGCAUCGUGCUGGGUGACCUCAAACUGCGAAAGUUUGUCUUCGCAGAUGAGAAAAGGACACAGGUGAGACUAGAAAGCCUUGAGGACUGUCGCGUCCUAGAAGACCCAAGCGACGACUCCAUGUCAGACACUCACGGCUGCCCCGCCUACGUCAGCCCAGAGAUCCUCAGCGGCUGCGCGCCUUACUCUGGCAAGAUGGCCGACAUGUGGAGCCUGGGGGUCAUGCUGUACACCAUGCUGGUUGGCCGUUACCCGUUCCACGACCCGGACCCGGCCAAGCUGUUUUCAAAGAUCCGCAGAGGCCAGUGCUGUUUGCCAGAGGGCUUGUCGCACAGGGCCAAGUGUCUGCUCCAGAGCCUGCUGAGGAAAGAACCCUGGGAGAGACUCACGGCGAAUGAACUGCUUGCUCACCCAUGGUUCCACCAGCCACCGUCGUCGCAGGAAGUGGCACUGGGUGAACAGGAAGUGAGCUCGGCAGAACAGAUGGUACCAUCCUUUAAAGUGGAAGAGGAUGAUGAUCUGUUCUGCUGACGAACUCGAUUCAGCUGAGACUGGCUGAGGGACCAAAACAGGAAUUGCUAUGAGGGAUUCCAUUGUUGUGUUUUUACAAUGGCACUUUUUAGAAACCCAUUUGUGUAGAACUGAGUGUACAUGCACCCUCAAGCUUUCUACAAGAACUCACUGUACUGUAUUUUGUUGUUGUAUGUGCGUUACUUGCUAAGGGCAUUGUUCACAAUGAUCAUUCUUAUGUUUCUUUAUGUAUGUUUUUCAAAAUGAUUUGGUGCUAAAAGAAAUAACAAUUUCUGAAUUUGCCAGAUUACGUUAACAAAAUUAGCUCAGCAGCUACUAUGAGUGUAUCACAGAGAAAUAACCCAUGGCAAACAACAGUCACCGAUCCUUGCUCUCAGCCUGGACUCAGAAGGCUUCAGGAAGCAUUAGAUGAAUCUUGAAUUGGAGGCGAGGAGACGUGACGUUGUUCCUCUCACUCUAGUCUCUGACCAGGCUGCAGGCUCCACCGGCUGACUCACUGCCCGGCUCGAGGAAGGCCUAGCACAAGCUUGACGUCUCGCAGCAGGCAGUGUCAUAGAGUGAGAAAGACGCUUAGCAGAGGACUGAUGUGUCACACUCAGAGGGGACGCUACGAAGGUGUCUGACUGCCAAUCUGGCAACGUCUCAGCAAGUAGAGAGCUUUUACAAAUCUCACACCAUCCACAGAAGGUUGAGACCGGCAGGAUGCUACGAGUGUAAAACUCACUGAAAAGUCACACACACACACACACACACAAUAAUAAGCAGUGGACUGGGCUAGCACAAGUCCUUGUAAAUGAGGAGGAAGGAAGACGUUUUACAACUAAAUCUUGUACCGAUUCAAAAACAUGCUCAUAUCUGAAUAUAUCAUCAAAAAAGGUUGCAUCGGAACAGGAAGUGUCGAUAAAUGUGACUGUGAUCAAUCUGUUCAGCUCUUCUGAAACACUGCAUGUGCAGUUAGCCACAGAUAAACCCAACACUAAUGUUUCUUAAAAUAAAGUCAGACGUUGUCACAUGGCUUUGCAGCAACAGAGAUGGUUGAUCUUAAGCCCAAACCAACAAUUCCAAAUGGUACUUUCACUUGAAUUACAACGCCAUGACUUAUCUCUCAAUCCAACAAUGUUGUAUUUUUACUUCUUAAAGAAAUGUGUCAAAUAUUCAGUUAAGGAACUAUUAAGUCAGAAAGAAACCCACUUCAGAAAAAUGAAGACUUUCUCAGUUGAGCAGGUGAACGUGUUUUGUUAAUUUCUGUUGGAACAUUAUGUCGAGCUGUGUUGCUUUAACAAAGCUGAGUGUUGUGCCCGUAUCACUGUGUUUCAUAAACUGAAAUGUGGCUCUGAAUCAGUCGCAGGCUGUAUUUGAUGUUGGUCGUCUAAUGAUGACUCAACACUUCAGCGUGUCUGUAGAAAAUGGGCCUGACCUUGGCUGGAAGAAUCGGUUCUGACUGUUUCACGCUUUUCAUGGUACUUUUUCCCUUCCUUUUUAUUUUAUUUCUCUGUCGUUGAAAGCUGUAUCCAAGGAGAUUCGUCAUCAUAGUUAGAGACAUGAUGCACCAUGUUCUAAAAGAUCUCUUAUCUUGAAUAGUGACAGGCGGAUGCAGACCUUCAGUGACAUGUAUCUUUGCAGGCUCGAUCUGCAGCCAGCUAUUUCAUUCUGGCACAAUCAUUUUGAAGACGGUACUAAAUAUGGCAUAUCUGAGAAGCGCUGUGCAUUACAUGUUUGGCUCAACAAGUGGAUUAAUAAAACGUCUGCUGCAGUUCUUUAAUUCUUUUCUCUCAUCUGUUCGAGAUACCAGAUGGGAACGGAUUUGUGACAAUCUGAAUUGUUCCUCACAGAAAAGUAAUUUCAGAGAUUAAGGAUGUUAUUCCUGGUUCGUACAAGCAGAGUCACACAUUUGUGUGACACGUAGAGUAAACUGACACGGGUGCACAAACUUCAUAUUGCACUGUGAAUUCUGUAUUUGUGACACAACCUCGAGGCUAUUGCUGGUCCGGACAGGUUACAUACGAGAUGUAUUCAUUGUACAAAAGGUGUAAAUAUGUAUAUUAGAAAUAUGUGUGGAGAUGUUGAAUAAAGAUCACAUUUUUUCAUAUGA